UCAAAAAUGACAAAUUAAUCAAUCAAAUCAGCGCUCCGAUUUGGUUUGGCCAAAUUUGAGAUUUUUGCUGUUAGUAAAUUUACUUGCUGGCGGAGUGAUCGUGUGGUUUUCCUGGUUUCGGAAAUGUGAGCGCGGCAAGAAUUGUGUUUGUCUGAAUAAAUCCAUUUUGAAAAUGUAUCACGUAGUGCGAGUGGUCCUGUAUCGGCUGUGGGUCGUGUCAACACUGACCCUGUUCUCCAGUGUCGCUGUGUUCUGGUGCUAUGGCUUCUUCACUGCCUUCCUGGUCUUCACCUGCGGCAUCUCAGGGAUAUUUUACAGUGCACAAGACUUGUUGCUGUACUACCCGAAUGACCCUCCAGACUCGCGCGUGUUUGUGCUGCAGCCGAGCAACUACAAGCUUCCUUACGAGAGUGUGAAGAUCAAGAACAAAGAUGGGCUGAAGAUCCACAUGUUCCUCAUCAAGCAGCCCACCAACAGCAACCACAUCCCGACCAUGCUGUUCUUCCAUGGUAACGCCGGGAACAUGGGACAGAGAUUGCCAAAUGUGUGCGGAUUUUUUAACCGACUAAAUAUCAACAUUCUCAUGGUGGAGUACCGCGGCUAUGGCCUCUCAGAGGGCUCCCCUUGCGAGCAAGGGCUGUACUCUGAUGCCCAAACUGCCAUUGACUUUGCACUGCAACGGACAGACAUUGAUCCCAAGAAGCUCAUUCUCUUCGGCAGGUCUCUGGGUGGUGCAAUUGCCAUAGAUCUAGCAUCUAGACUUGAGUACAGAGACAAGGUGUGGGCAGUGAUUGUUGAGAACACAUUUACGAGUAUCCCUGACAUGGCCAAAGUCAUCCUCAAGUGGAGGUGUCUGCGGUGGCUGCCACUGAUGUGCCAUAAGAACAAGUACAUGUCAGUACAGAAGAUCCGUCAAGUGAUGGCGCCGACCCUCGUGAUCUGUGGUUCCAACGACUCUCUGGUCCCCCCCUCCAUGGCCAAGGACCUGUACAUGAGUUGCGGAGCCCUGGUGAAGAAGCUGGCGGUGAUGCAGGGCGGCGGCCACGACGACACCUGGACCUGCCGCGAGUACUACCCCAGCGUGCAGGUGUUCCUGUCCAAUAUACCCGCGCUUCUGGAGCCAACUGACCGCCCGUAUUUCGACGAGUCCAACGACCACACUAUAGCUAUGGGUGACUUGAUUGAGACGGUUUAAAUGGGUUUCGUGGGUAAGACUUAACUGCUGGUUAGUGUGGAGUUGUGAGUUGUACACCUUGUUUCGUUUAUGAAGUCCCGUAUGGCGAGUGAUUGUGGAUUUUGAUGCAGUGGGACUUCUUAUGUGAAACAAAGUAUAGUACUGUCAAAGUAAAUUACAAGCUACAUAAUGUAAUGUAUGUUAGUCUCUUAUCACUGUAGGGUUAGGUAUGUGGUGGUGAACACUUAAAAUUCUGGGCUUGUUCUAAGGACCGCUUUGGUACCACAAUCAAUGAGUGACCCUUUUAAAAGUAGAUAAAACGGUAAAUAAAUAAAUAAACUUUUGCAUGUGCAUCAAAUAUUUGGUUGCUAUUUUUGACUUCCUGCUUUUGACAAAAUAUUUUUCAUCAAGUAUGAUGGGAAUAAUUUUUAUUACGUAGGUACUUACUAAACAUUUUAUUACAAACUUAAAUAUAGUACAAGUGGCCUUUUAUGACCAGCUGUGGCUUUUCCAUAUAAAUACUGAACAAUGAAAAAUCUACAUAUUUACUCGUAUUAACAUGAUACAAUACGAACAAGUAUGGUGAAAACACUUGCAUAUAAUGGUACUUGGGUGAAGUACAGCCGGUUUUAGCUAGCGUUAUUUAUUUCAUCCAUAGUGCAAACACCUCAGCUUAGGUUGCUUCAGACGUUGUGGUAUCUCUGCAGUCCUCGGGUCCAGGCCACGGCCAAAUCGAAUGGAACUGGUGAUCAUGUUUAACAGAUUUGUCAGAUUCUAUUUAUAUAUGUAGAUAGCAAAAUGCAUUCAUUGUUAUGAAAACAAAUUUUUAAAAUUGUCGUAAACAUCGAUCAGCACAAAGUAGGUGCAAAAUGUCUUCUAUGCUCUGUCUAACAGCUGCUGAUUUUUAUUAUUUUAUUUAAAGGUAAAAAUAGUUUUAAAGUGUUCUGAUAAAAAUUCCUACCUUGAUGGUACCUAAUUGUAAAUCGUAUGAAAUGUAAUUUUAACAGUAAUGUUUUCGAUGUAUUUUUAUUAAUUUAGUGGAAUGUUUUGCUAAAAUACGUAAAGUAAGGUCCAUCCGCGUCAAUCUUACAUAAUUACAUUUCUUGAAAUUUUCUUAUGAAACGUAGGUACAAGUAGUUGUAAAGUUAUUUUUAAUAAUAUACAAGUAGGUAGUAUAUUUUUGAUUAGUUAACACGUUGAUAGCGAAUUGCGACUGAAUAUUAUUUCUUUGCUGAGCGGUUUCUUUAGAAAUAUACAAUGUGUGUACUUGACGCCAUGGUUAUGGCAGUGUCUGCAUGGCGGCACAUUUUCUAUGGCACUUUAAUAUCAUAUUCAAACCUAAUAUAUUAAUACAAUUAUUACCUAUGUGUUCUAAUGAAUGGCUGUUGCAUAAUAUUAAGCGGGGUUUAUAUGACGACUUGUGCAAACAAAUGUGGCGAGCAUAGUUCUGCAAGAUUUUCUUAAAAAAGCUAACUUGCAUAAGUCGGUUUCCGCAAUUUUUAUUGCCAGUGUAAACUCCGCUUAACUCUUUCCCAAAGUAGUGUACCUAAAUGUAAGUAUACUAAUUAGUUAUCUAAAAAUCUUAUUAUGACCCGCACUUGAAUGACUUGAAUCUACAUUCCUAUUGCGAAGUUUAUAGAGAUUAAGGUAAUUUAUGGCGGUACAGUAGAGUUUAUUUACUAUUUACACUAUAUAGUAUAGUAUGAUUUGCAUGUAUUUUGACUAAUAGUGUUCAUAGUACAAAAAUAAACUCUACGCCACUACGGUACAUCGCAUAAAUUUAUAUACUAUACAUACUAUACCAGACCUGUAUUAUUAAUUCUUAGAUAUUGAUGUAUAGCUACGUAUUGUCUUGAGUUCUAUGGAAACAUACGCAGGUUCUGACUAAAUCCUAGAAAUUAAGUAACGUGCCGAUUAUUUAUCGGUACAUCACAAUCCAUACACUAAUAUUUUGUUGAAAACGCAUAUUAUGCACUUACUAAAUAAGCUCUCCCGAUUAAAAUAUGGACGUUAUCUUGUUAAAAUUGAACUCUGUGGUAUUUUUUCACAUAGGAAAAGUCUUAAGUUAUAUGUAGGUAUGGGAGAUGUUUUAGGGUUUUUGUAAAUUCGGUCGAAGAUAUUAAUUUGUUGUUAGGGCUGCCAAAGUAUGUGGUCGAAAUUCAUCUUAAAAUAUCUGUUAUAGAAUAGUUGUUUGUCCUCUAGUGUUUCCACCCAAAUUAGAUUAGCGUAUAAUUAUCAAAAUAACUUGGUCUUCUUAGAGAGAUCAUUAAUACCUACCUGAAUGUAUUUUUAUGUACAUAGGUACUUUACUCUACUUUGUCAAAUAUAGCAUGAGUCCUAUGAAAGCCGUCAUCCAUACAUUAUAAUAUUAGUCAUUGGUUCGUUUUCAAGGAAAAAUAAUUAUAUUUAUCAGGCAUAAGCAUUCUGUCAAUGAACCAUCUCAUUCAUAUUUUACAAAGUAUAGGAAGAGGUACAGCAAAACAAAAUUUGUUCUAUUUGUUUCAAAAUAUUUUGCAUUUAAAAUUCAAAAAUAACUUAUGAAAUAUAUUUUUCGAGACGGUA